AUGUUAUAACUGAAGCACCAUCAUCAUCGAUUGAAAAAUCAACAAUUAUUACAUCAACACCGAAAACAACAGCAAUGGAUUUAAAUGAACAAAAUGGAAAUGUUAUGAUAAAAUCAUCACCAGGAUCAUCACCAAAUUCUCAUGGAUCAUCCGCAUCAUCAUCAUCAUCGGUUACAUCACCAUCAAAUGUAGCUAAUGUUACAAUACAUGAAUUAUCACAAGCACAAAUUGUUCAUAUUAAUCAAUCAACACAACAACAUGAACAACAACAACAACAAUCACAACAACAUUUAGUUUGGUCACAAAAUCAUCGAAAUCACGGAAAUCAAUUCGAUACAGAAAGUGUUAAUCAUCAUCAUCAACAACAACAACAACAUCAUCAUCAUAAUGAUAAUGAUAAUUCAAUACAUCAACAGCAAACAAAUGGAAAUUUUUAUACACAAAAUUUACAACAUCACCAUGGUGGUAUAUCAAACUCUAGAAACGGCAAUAAUGAUCCACAACAACAACAACAAUCCACAUCCAUAUCAUCUGGACAAUCAUCGCGAGCUCAACAACAAGGUCAACAUCAUUUUCAUGGAAACGAUGGUAGUAGUGGUGGUGGUGGUCGUCGUCAUCAACCACAUCUUGAUCAUGGAUCAACAUCAUCAUCAUCAUCAUCCUCAACAUCAUCAUCGACAACAUCAACAGUAACAUUGACAACAAAUUCAAAUACAAAUAUUCAUCAUGGAUCAUCACCAUUUCAUCAACAGAAUUCGGCUACAAUGAUUAAUGAUCGUGGUCAAAUACAAGUUGUUGUUAGUGGUAAUAAUGUAACAACAGCAACUAUUUCUACUGAUAAUGAUGAUGGUAAUGGUGAAUCAUUAGAAACUAAUGUAACAAAUCAAUGUUCAAGUCCAAAAGAUUCAAAUAAUAAUAGUACACGAACAAAUACUAAUAAUAAUGGUAAAGAUAGUUUAUCGAUAGCUGUUGCUGUUGCUACUGGAAAUCAACAACAAUAUUCAUCUACAAAUGGUAAUAAUAAUCAUCAACAACAACAACAACAACAACAUCAUCAAUCUCAACAUCAUCCAACAUCAUAUGAUAUAUUCUAUAAUAAUAUAUCGGAUAAUGGUAAUAAUGGUGGUGGUCAUUUAGUAACCGUAUCAAGUACAGGUCAAUUAAUGAAUGGUCAUGGUACACCAGUUGUUCAAUAUGCUGCUGCACCACAAUCACAUCAUCAUAAUCAUCAUAAUCAUCAUCAUUCUCAUACUGGCCAUAAUCAUCAUAUUCAAUCGAUAAAUCAUCAACAACAACAACAGCAAGGACAAAAUGGUUCAAAUGGUGGUCAUGAAAGUCCACAAAUGUGGUCACAUGAUAAUGUUGCAACAGCAUCAUCGGCAUAUAUGACCGGUACAAUAUCACCAUCAAAUUUACAAUUUGGUGAUCCAAAUAAUGCAAUGGAAUCAGCAUCGGUUACAAAUCAAAAUCGUUUAAUCAAUAAUCUUAUAGCAUAUAAUGGAAAUUGUAAUGGAACAACAGCAACAACAGUAGCAAUGGCUAAUGGUUGGAGUUCAUUUCCAUUAUUCGAACAAACUGGAUAUUCACCGGCUACUGUUAGUGUAAUGACUGGUCAAUCAUCAACAGGUACCGGUAGUGUUGAAUUAGCUGGUUUACGUAUGGCUAAUUCAGCAAUUGGACAGAUUACACAUUAUGGAAUUGUUGGAACUGCUGCAAACAAUGCACACGGUACAAAUAAUAAUGGAAAAGGUAUAAUGCCUGGUAAUGGUACAACAUAUACAUUAUCACAUGAAACCGGUACCAGUAAUGAUAGUGCUUAUUUUGAUUUACCACGUGAAUGUAUUAAUUGUUCAACAGCAACUACACCAUUAUGGAGACGUGAUAAUUCGGGAAAUUAUCUAUGUAAUGCAUGCGGUAUAUUUAAUCGUUCGAAUGGUAUACAACGACCAUCAAAUCGAUCGCAUAAAAAAACUGUUAAUAAUCGUCGUGUUGGAUUAACAUGUUCAAAUUGUAAAACAACAUCGACAACAUUAUGGCGUAGAAAUAAUUCAGGUGAACCUGUUUGUAAUGCAUGUGGUCUUUAUUUUAAAUUACAUAAUAUAAAUCGACCAUUAUCAAUGAAAAAAGAUGGUAUACAAACAAGAAAACGUAAACCAAAAGCAGCAACAACACCAACAACUGCAACAACAGCAUCAGCAUCAGCAAUAACUUCAGGUGGAUCAAAUGGAAAUAUGGGACAUGUUGCAAUUGUAACUGAAAUACCACAUACACAUCAUCAUCAUCAUAUGACAGCUAAACAAGCAACGAAAAAAUUCCAGAAACUUUUUUGAUGAAAACUUUUUCAAAACCUGGUCAUAUAUACAGGCAAGUUUCCUAUAAUGAUUCCAGUCAACAAAAAAAACAUUCGGAUUU